GUAAUUACGACUACUGUUACUACUGUUGCAUGCUUUAUUGCUUUUUGCCUAUCAACUUUGGAUUCCAUUUCACCUACUUUUUCUUUUUCUUUUUCUUUUUCAUUUUUUAACUUGUCCUGCUUUUCUUUGCAACUUCCAACCGGAAAGAAAAAGAUGCCCAAAACAAAACCCCUUUGCGUCAACAAUUCUACCUUCCUCAGUCUAGCUACAGGCAAUAGAUCCAGUGCCAAUCUUGUGCUUCUUUUGCUCUACCUUUACACUUCUCACCCUGUUCUUCUCUUAUUCUCAGCUUCCUUAGUUUACGAUCUCCAGCCAGCACCAUUCUUGUACUUCUUUGCUCUGCCUCGUGCUCCACAUAUUUUCAACGUCCUUAACCCAUUUCGCCACCUGAUCUGCAGAAAAGAAGAUGUAGAAACACGGCUACAAGACGAGGUUUGCUCAAAAAAACAGGCCAGAAAAGAAGUGGUGGUAUGGCUUCAAGAUGUAAAGAAAAUCAAUGUUGAAAUUCAAGAUGUUUUGAAAAGGGUGCACAAUGCUGCAUACUUCUCACGAGCUCGCCUCGGAAAACUUGCUCGUGAAAAAAUUGAUGUACUGGAUGCAAUUCUUCAACAAGGCAGUUUUCCUGAAGGAUUGGUGGUUAAUACGCCUGCAACUACUUUGCCUAUACUAGUAGACGAUCUAGAAGGCGAGGUUACUGUGAAGGAAAAAAUAUUGGGAUACUUGAAAGGUAAUGAGGUCCCAAUGAUUGGAGUUUGUGGAAUCGGGGGUGUUGGGAAGACCACCAUUAUGAAACAUAUCCAUAAUGAAUUACUAUUGAUGGAGUCCAGAUUUGAUAAUGUGAUCUGGGUCACUGUCUCAUAUCCACUCAAUGUUGUUAGAUUACAACAUGAAAUUGCUAAGGGAAUGAAUGAAAGCCUCCCAGAGAAUGAGGAUGAGCAAAGGUGGGCUUCAAGAUUGAUGCAGAUAAUGGGAAGAGUGAAAUAUGUGUUGAUAUUAGAUGAUGUGUGGCAGAGGUUUACUCUCAAAGAUGUUGGCAUCCCGAGUCCCACAUUGGAAAACAGUUGCAAACUAGUUAUUACUAGUAGAAAGGUGGAUGUAUGCAAGUCCAUUGGUUGUGAAAUAGUUAAAGUGUCUCCUCUUUCAGAGGAAGAGUCUUUGAAUUUGUUCUUAGAUAAGGUGGGAAGUGACAUUCUACAAGUUCCAGAAUUGGAAGGAAUUUGGAAGGCCAUGGUGGAGGAGUGUGCUGGACUACCCUUGGCUAUUGUUGUAAUAGCUGGGAGCAUGAAAGGAGUAACUGAUGUCCAUGAGUGGAGGCAUGCUUUAAAGGAAUUACGUGAACAUGUAAGAGCUACAGCCGAAGGUUCAGAAGAUGAGAUAUUUGAGCGAUUGAAGUUCAGCUAUGAUCGUUUGCAACAUUCAAAUAUCCAAAAUUGUUUCUUAUCUUGCUCACUAUAUGCUGAAGAUUAUCAAAUUAGCAAAGAUGAUCUAGUUGAACAAUGGAUUGAUGAGGGAUUUAUUAAAGAAUCAAGGAGUAGACGAGCAAUGCUUGAUGAAGGACGAACCAUGUUAAACAAGCUUGAAAACAGUUGUUUGUUAGAGAAAGCUUAUUCUGAGUACACUAUUAAAAUGCAUGAUGUUGUGAGAGAUAUGGCAUUGCGCAUCAGUCCUCAAUUUAUGGUGAAAGCUCGUAUGGGACUAACAGAGAUACCAGAUGAGCAUGACUGGACUGAAAAUGUUGAAAAGGUUUCCUUGAUGGAGAAUGAAAUUUCAGAUAUUCCUCUAAACAUGUGCCCAAAUUGUCCCAUUCUCACAACCUUGAUGUUGCAAGGGAAUAGGGAAUUGAGCCAAAUUCCAGAUUGCUUUUUUGCAAACAUGCAAGGGCUCAAGUGUCUAAAUCUUUCUGGAACUAGCAUUGAAAGUCUACCUCAUUCCAUCUGCAAUUUGGAGAAUCUUACUACAUUGCUCUUGCGUGAAUGUGGGCAAUUAAAACAUGUGCCUUGCUUAGCAAAGCUCAAGGCAUUGAAGAAGUUGGAUCUAAGAUGGGCAAGAAUUGAGGUGGUCCCUGAAGGCAUUGAAAUGCUUGUAAAUCUCCGAUAUCUUGAUUUAUGUUGUCCAGAAUUGGUGGAGCUAUCGACACAUCUACUCUGUAACCUCCCUCACCUCCAACACUUGACAGUAUAUUCCAGAUCGACUACUUUAAAGAUAAAAGGAGAAGAAGCAAGAGGAUUGAAGAAGUUGGAGACUUUUCAAGCUCAAUUGUAUGACUUGCAAGACUUGAACAAUUAUGUCAAGUCUGACCAUUUUAAAAGAUUGAGUAAUUACCAGCUUGUGGUUGGACAAGUGGAGGUCGGCUUUGGCGCUGGUAUUGAUCUCUUUAAAGAAAUAAGUUUAGGAGAAUGUGAGAUAGGUGGAGAAGAUACUGUGGUGCUUCCAGAUGACGUGGAGGAACUGUGGAUUUAUCGGUGUAGAAAAUUUAGAAGCUUAAGUGAUAUUUAUUCUCUCCAAAAAACAACUGAGUUGAGAAACUGUUUUGUUACUCGGUGUGAAGAGAUAGAGUGUGUGGUUGACAUGGUUACAUCAUCAUCAUCUUUCAUUAAUAACCUUGAAGCGCUAUUGCUUGGUAUGUUGCCUAACUUGAGUGUUGUUGUGGAUGUGGAAGGAGUAGAAGCAACAUCGCCUCACAUCUUUUCCAAUCUUAGAAUCUUUAGGAUGUGGGAAUGUUCUAGAAUGAAGAGGUUGUUUUCACUUGAGCUGCUGCAAGGCCUCCAAAACUUGGAGGAGAUUAGAGUUUGGGAUUGUCAACAAAUGGAGGAAAUAAUAGGGUGGGAAGGAGAAGAGGAAAAUCACACAGCUGAUGCAACUACUACUACUACAUUCACUCUUCCAAAAUUAACAUAUUUGACGUUGGAGAAUUUACCAGAAUUGAAGAGAAUCUGCCUCACAAGAGGAGUAAUGGUUUGUGAUUCUCUCCAAGAAUUAGAAAUAAAGGAAUGUCCAAAGUUGAAGAGGAUUCCCUUGGUAGGGAAUUUACGGCCAUCUCCUCCUGCUGCUCUAAAGCAAAUCGAGAUAAAGCCAAAAGAAUUAUGGGAAUCACUGGAGUGGGACGAUCCCAAUGCCAAAAAUGUCCUCCAACCCUUUGUGUAUUUCUGUUGAGGACUGCAAAUGGAAAGUCUUGCAUAAAAUCAAAUGGCCGAGAUCCAAUACUACGGGUUGGGUCUGCAUCUUUGUUCACCUUGUCAAAAAGGAUCUCAUCCUGGAAUGGGCAAGAAAUUAAACCAAAACGAAUGGGUGGAUUCCACACAUCUGCUUGAUAUAAAUGUUGUUUUGUAAUCUAUGAAAUCUGUCUGUUUUUAAAUGCCAGUAGUAUGUAAAACUCAAUUCAAUUCUUCCUAUCUUUGGUAAUUUGUAUUAUAUUGUAAAAGCUACGUUAUAUAAUCGUGUGAUUGUUCUUUAGAUAUCAGCCUCAAAAUCUUAAAUUAAUGUUGUAAUUAGUU